AUGACCAACGCUGUGUUUACACUUUUAUACCAUCCCAAUUACUUACCUGGUGCAUUGGUCUUGGGAAUAGUGCUCAAGAAACUUCUUGAAAUCGACCCUAUCGAGGCCACCACAGGGAUUCUCAUUGAUAAAUCUCAAUUCAAUGAUUAUCAAAUACUGUUGUUAAGCCGUUACUAUUCAGAAUUGAUUGAUGUGGCUCCUACAAAGUCGGAAUUGAAAGAUAAAUUGCACAAUGAUUUGGGAAGACCAGAAUUGGAUAAGACUUAUACAAAGAUCGAAUUAUGGAACUUACUUCAUCAUGAUAGAAUCCUUUAUUUAGAUUGUGACACGUUGCCUACCAUUCCUAAGGAUCCAAUUGAUCAAGGAACCAUUCUUAACUUGUUGAAACUUGAUUUCCCCACGGGGAAGAUCAUGGCUGCUCCGGAUUCUGGGUAUCCGGAUAUCUUUAACUCCGGAGUGUUUGCCUUGAAACCAAAUACCGUUGAUUACGAGAAUUUGGUGGCUGCAAGUAAAUUACCUGAUGCUUCAUUUGAUGGUGCUGAUCAAGGCUUAUUGAAUCAAUAUUUUAAUAACGAAAAUGAUUGGAUCAAAGCUCUUAUUGAACUGCUGGUAGAUAAAACUUCAACUGUUCAAUCUACAACUACUCAAUUGGCUAAUUGGAUUAGAAUCCCAUUUCUUUAUAAUGUCACUCCAUCAACCCAGUACGAAUAUUUACCAGCUUAUAAAUAUUUCACUGGUGAUGAAACCAUUGGAGGAGAUCUUGAAAAGCCAUUUGUUCCUACAAAGGAUAAAUUGAUUAGUCCCAAAUUUAAAAAACCUUCUAAGGAUCAAUUGGCUGAAUCUACUUCCCAAACUAAAGGGAAUUAUGCUAAAACUGCAUUUGAAUAUAUAAAUGUCACCGAUAAAGUCAAAUUGGUACAUUUCAUUGGUCCAUACAAACCAUGGAAAGUCAACUGUACUACUGAAGGGUUAUACCAAGAUUGGUGGAACUUAUGGUUUGAUGAAUUUGGCCAUCGUUCCAUUGUUGAAGUUAUUAAUGAAGUAGCAAAAGCUGCAGCAGAAGUUGAAGGAGUUGAAUUGGAUCAAGAAGAAGGUGGUGUUUCAUCAUCUGGUCCGGUAGUAGCUGAAAUUAAAGAUGUUCGUAUUGAUCCUUACGAUGUCUUAAAUCCAGAUAAUUACCAACAUAUUCCAGAUUUACCACGGUCAAGAGAUGCUGCUUGGGAUGCUACAAAGGAGGCUCCACCUGGAGCAGUUACUAUCACUUGUGAUAAAGCAUCAACAAAAACUUCUGAGGAUCAAGUUCUGCAAACCACAGAUUUUUCUCAAAUCAAACAGUUUGUUAAUGCAUGGGAUGCUUCUGAUGAAGUGGCUUUACAUAGAGAUGAUUCAGCAUCAGUGAAUAAUGCAGAAAUCGCCAAAGAAAGUCCUGGAAGUGGAAGUUGGUGGUCUCAUGCUGAUUCCAAACCAGCAGAGCGAGUUUUCUAUAAUGAAUUUGACUAUAAUCCUAGCCAUAUUUUGAAGCCAGUUUCCAAAGUUGAAGUUGAAGAAUCAACUGAACCUUCCGAACCAAAAGGUCCAGCUGAAUUGAAUGAUGAAAUGGUCAAUUUAACUGAAAAGUUAAAUAAAACCGGUGUUUUUGAAGAUGACAGUGGAUUUGAUGAAAUAUACCAUGAGAACCAAACCCCAACUGCCUCUGAUCUUGAGGAGAAUAAUCAUCAAGAAGCAGAAGAAGAAGAAGAACAACCUCCUAUUCCUAAGAUCUUCCCAUGGGAACAUCGGAAAUAUAAGGCCGAAAGAUCUUUCAACUAA